AAGUCAAAAUUUCGUUAAUUUCUGAUAAUUUAUAAAAAAAGUCACCAUUUUAUGAGAUCAUUUUGUUUGUUUACCUCGCCUCGUUAUCAGCUCAAAAUAAAAAAUCACAAAAUAAAUGGAGCCAAAUCCCUCAAAAACUGUCGAAAUGCUGAAAUCCAACAUCGAAUCAGCUCUCGAACGCAUCAAAGGUCUCAGCAUCUCCGAAAAUCCAUCAAAACCCACGGAAAAUCCUUCAGAAAUCCUCACGCGUCGUGAUUCCUUCUGUGCCAACAUUUACAACACCCUCCAAGAAAUUAAUUCAAGCGAAAUUAAGGAUGAGCUUCAAAAAGUCGACCAACAAAUCGCCCAACUUAAACGCAUCAAUGCCAAAGUCAACUGGGAGAUGAUUGUGAUUAAAGCGGAAUUGUCCCGCUUUUCCGGCGACGCCAUCGAGGAUCAACAAAUUUCGCAUCUGGAAUCGGAAGUACAACAUUUGGAAAUUGCAGCGAAGCAUCCAAACGCAGAAGAUAUCCUCGAAAUUGCUCCAUUUCCGAAGAAAAAGUGUCUCGUGCCGCCAAAUACGCCAGAUGGGGUUUCAGAUGACGAAGAUUCGAACCCAUUAUCGCCAAUUUUUGAUUUUUCCGGAUGUUUCGAGACAAAUGGAGCUCCGAAUAAACCAUCGCUCGUGUUUAAAAGAUCAUCAUUGGCUUCCGCUGCAGAGGAAAAUUAAUUUAAAAAAAAUUAGGUUUUCAGAGGUUGACUUGACAAGAUUCCUUUCGUAUUAGAUUAAGAUUCUCCAUUAAUUAUUUAAUUGUUACUUGUUUUGAUAAUACUAGACAUGAGAAAUGUUGAAAGCUGCAAAGAAAUUGAUUAAUGACAAUUUGAUGGAAGCAACAACGAAUGUAUUUUUUACGUUAAAGCUACGCGUGUUCUUGUUAAAUUUCACAAAAAAAGGAAAAUAUUUGAAAUCUGAAGCAAUUUUGGAUGCAAUGUACUAAAAAUUAAUUAUAUCAUUUGUAGAAUUAAUUAAAUAAAAGCUGAAAAAAGUCAGCUGUUAAAUUAAAUACGAGCAAUAACAAAAAAAAAAUGGCCAUGCUUCAUUUUUUAAUUGAAUUAUUUUUUUUGUUCCUGAAUUGAAGAUAAUUUAUCUUCUUUUUGAUUAUUUAUUGACUUUCUGAACAAUUUUUUCAUUAUUUUUUUUUGUUUUGGUAAAAAUUUGGGAAAAAUUGUUCAGAAAGGUCUCUCUCAUGUCUUUCAAUGUUAGAUAUUAAUG